AAUCACUUAAGGGAUCAUCAGGGAAAUAUAUAAAAUCCAAAUCACAGAGCUUUUUGGCUGCAUUUUAUAUAUAUGCAAAUAUAUGCAAAUCAGAGUUAUUGAACAUUACCACUCUUUAAACCACAGAUGUUGCUGCAUCAAAGUCUUUAUAGGGCUACACCCACGUUUCAAAAUAAAAAAUUAUGAAGCUUUUCUGGGUUUGGCACUGUCACUUCUCUUCACCCAUACAAGGUUGUAUCGGUUUAACUUAGAAUACAUACUUAUGUUAUGGUAUUUGUGCCCUCUGCUAAAACAUGAAAACAUUUUAGAAUGAAUUAAUAUCUCAAUGACAACUCUGUUUCCUACUACUGUCUUUAGUACCUGCAAGCCUGGAGAAUCCAGAAAGUGUGGUAGUUUCUGUGUCAAACAUCAGUGCCCAUGUUGGGUCCCAAGCUCACCUUGUUUGCCAGAGUUACCGGAUAGUGUGGACACAAGACAAUAUAGUGGAUAGACAACGCGUUUUGCACUGGGAUCUGUACAGUAGCAAAGGAGUACACCGUGGUGAACGUCUUCUGGAUAUGUUUUCAGCUGGGGAGAUCCGUAUCUACAAUGGCCACAACAGAGAUCGGAUACAAGUUUCAACAUCAGCUUUCAAAGAUGGCAAUUUUUCCUUACUUAUCAAAGGUAUUGAAUAUCUGCUGUUAGAAACCCUUUCUAGCCUUGAACUCAAAUCCAUUUCAUACAAUUCACAAAAAAAGAAAAGAAGAGUCUUCAGUUGGUCAUAUUCUGAAUAAUAGUGGGUACUCACCCAAUUGUGUGCCAUUCUAGAUGAAAGAUCCACCAAGUUUCAAAAAUUCAGCUUCCAAGGAAUUUCAUUGAUGUUAAAAACUGUUUUAUAGUCAAUAUGUAAUGGUCAUUUUUCAUAGCUUGAGUAUAAGAAUAUUAACUAGCAUCCCCUGAUUGAUGGCUGAGGUCAUCCCCUGAUUGAUGGCUGAGGUCAUCCCUUGAUUGACGGCUGAGGUGAUGAUUAGAUCAGCCAACAGUCAAUCUUGGACAUAGAUUUUUUUUAAUGAAAAAUCAUUGAGGGCUUCAGCUGUCACUCUGAGCUAACAAUAAUGGGUAAGAUGCCUAAAAUAUCCAUUUAACAGGUUGUGUGUUGUUGGUGCAAACAUUUAACAGGGUGUGUUGGUGCAAACAUUGCCAAAUCGUAUUGAUUCAAUAAAGCAUCGCAAAAGAAAUACAAAUGUUAUACCGUGUGACUGACAUUACUUGACCAAAACAAGGACUAUACAUUGAGUACCUUCUUACUUCCAUAAACUUUUACUAGAGUUUUUAAUAAUGUAUCUUUAUAAAUUAGAUGAAGCCAUACUUUGUACCAGAGAGAAAGGCGACACAGGUCACAAGACCAGUAGGCAGGUAAAUUAGUUGAAAUAUAAACCAAAACCAAAUUCCCAGGGCUGGAUUUUAUCCCCUUGUUUUAAUGGAUUAUAUUGAUCAACUGUUCCCAACUCGGUUCUCAAGGGACACCAGUGGUCACCAGGUUUUAGAUAUUUCCUUCUUAAGUUUCAUGGAGAUAUUGACAAAACCAGACCUGUUGGUGUGCCGUUGUGACUGAGUUGAGUAUCACCGAUGAAGACAAUGCAUAAAAACAUACAAAACUAAGAAGAGGUUUAUGGAAAAGUAAUUAUAUAUCCUUUUUCAGAAGAAAGUAGUAUUGCCCAUGUCAAACCCAGCUGUAACUAGCUGGAUUUACAGAGUUCUUGAUUGGGGAUAUUAGGUCAAAUAAACCAUGGUGGGGAUUUUGUUCCCUUUUUCUAUUUUAUUAUUUUGUUGUUUUUUUCCAAGAAUAAAAUCUAUUGCAGGCACGCAUACAUUCUCAUCAAAUACAAAGAGUGCAUGUUGUAGCACCUGACUAUUCUACAGAUGUCACUGAUGACAACAUACAUAGCUAUACUAUUUUGUAGCAAAUAAAUUAUCGCUGCAGGUUAAGAAGAAAUAGAUAGGUGAAGUGGAAAAAUGAACACCAAUUAUUUAUAGAAAAAAAUAAUAAAAUUGCUCAUAAAUAAACUCAGAGCUUCAAGGACACUGUAGUGUCUAGAAAACAAACUUGUUUUCCUGACACUAUAUCAUCCUUGGGACCCCCCCCACCCUCAGGAUCCCCCUCCCUUGGCGCUGAAAACCCCAUCAGAUACUUACCUUAAUCCAGAGCCGGGCUCCCUCAGCGCUGGUGACCUCUCCUCCCCUGCCGACGUCAGCUCCCGAGUGGAGCGGAAUGCCCAUGCGCAGCAAGAGCCCCGCGCGCAUUCAAACAUUAAAUAGGAAAGCAUUACUCAAUGCUUUCCCAUGGACGUUCUGCACGCUGGAUGCGAUUUUUACAUUCAGCGUCGCAGAAGCACCUCUAGCGGCUGUCAGGAAGACAACCACUAGAGGUUGGGUUAACCCUGCAAUGUAAACACAGCAGUUUCUCUGAAACUGUUAUGUUUACAUCUGAAUGGUUAAAACCUGGGGGACCUGGCACCCAGACCACUUCCUUGAGCUGAAGUGGUCUGGGUAACCCUUUAAUUAAAUGAAAUACGGCCUACACAUGUAAACGAAAAUAUGUGUGUGCCUGAUGUGUUCCUUUAAAAAACCUCCAGCCAAAUGGAAAGAACACAUAGCCUGUAUUUUCAGAAUGCAUUUACAGAAGUAUGAUUAAUUUUUUUACAAUAUGCAGCAUUUUAUUAAUAUCUCAUAUUCUUCUAAAAUAAUUGAGAUUUGUAUACUCAUUGGUUUCUUGUACUGUUUGCAAAUUAAGACUUCGUAUCCAACCUAGGCCUCAUUUUCAUCUUGACAAAGUGUUUUGAUUUACAAAACAAAUCGAUUGCUGACUGUUAGCCGCAAUUACGAGAGAGCCAAAAUUUUGGGGAAUAAACUUUUUUUUUAACAUGCAACGCACAAGCAGUGCUUAAUCACCGUGGCAACUAGUAUUUCUUAGUUAACAUAUUUUGUUUAUUGGAUUGACUACCACAUUGUGAAACGCAUUUAUUGAUGAAACCAGGACAAAUAUAAGAGAAAUGGAAGAUUUGUGACAUUUAAACACGAGGUACCUCUAAAAUAAUUAACAUUGCUACCAAACAUACUACCAAAUAAUGAUAAAAAAAACAACAACAAAAAACAGCAAUAAAAGAAAGCAUGAAAGAUGUGACAAUUAAUUAUAUUACUUUGUAGAAUUAUCCAUUAGAUAAUACAUAACGCAACUGUAUCAUUAUUUUUUCUUGUAGACGUUUCUUCAGUCGAUCAAGGACUGUACACUUGUAAUCUUCAUCAUCACUAUUGCCAGUUGGCUGAAAAUGUGAAAGUUCAACUGAACACUACCAAGUCAGGUGGGUAUAUCACCGAAAUUUGGAAAAUAAGUGCACUUCAAUCCCCAUCAUCCAAAUAUGCUGACUUGCAUCACUUUUAAUAACAAACAAAUUAGCAACAGUCCAGAUAUUGCAGCAGUCAAAUGGAAUAGGACACGGGGAAGACACGUGUGAACAUCAAAUUUCAAAAUAUGAUAAAAUUACACUUUAUGGAAAAUGCUGUGCUGGCAGGAUAAGUAAUAAUUGUAAAGAACUGUAAAAAUGUUCACUUAUGAGGCUUUCUUGAUACCACCACUUGGUACAAUUUGAAAAAUCAUACGGUAUGCCAGAGGGAGAGGGAUGUAAAACUGGUGAAUGUGGCGUCGGUGACGAUAAGGUUAUUACCAUGAAUUGCUGGGAAUUGUCCACUGUAUUUCAAAUUUAACUGAUCUAAUAACAUUUGGAACCAAGAAUUUGGGGGCUUCUCAUCUUUGGCUUUUUUGGGAAAGCAAAAAUCAGUUCCUGAUAAUUUGCAGCUGAGUGAAUCAUCAGUUCCUGAUCAUUUUCUACUACGUUUUAUUCUUUAAAAUAAUUGGAAUCACAUGCAUCUUUAAAACAUUCCUCACUUCAAAAAUUAUGCUUAUUAAAUGUUAUUUUUUUAAAAAAAAUUUUUAUUGGUUUGUAAAUCUGUAAGAAUAAUAAAUGAGUUAUUUUGUUUUUUGUUUUUCUGCCAAAAAAAAAAGGUUCCAAUGGAAAGGUUUCUUUGUUCAUUUGUUUUAUGAGAGAAUUAGCUCACUAGAGGAAUUCAGCUUUUGCACAGAUGGUCUGUUUGCCUUGUAUUGCAAAAGCGAAUACAUCAAAGAAAAAGGUUGCCUACAUGUGCAAUGUUUUAUGUAUGUUUUUCUUCUUUUCAGAAAAGAGAGUGAAAAUGUACUGGGAUGGAGAAAAGGUGGUUGUCGUUGCUCUCAUAGGUACCACAGCUAUGUUGCCCUGUGAAAAUUGGAACCAGAUGUGGAUUGACCGUCAUAGUGAGGGGGACCAACAGGUGGUACACUGGGACCGCCAAGCCCCAGGGAUUCCACAUGACCGAGCUGAUCGCCUUAUCGACAUGUAUGCGUCAGGAGAACGACGAUCAUACGGACCACUCUUCAUCAGGAAAAAGAUGAAUGUGACUGAUUCAGCCUUUUUGCAGGGAGAUUUCUCACUUUUUAUAUCAAACUUGAGUCGAGGAGAUGAAGGAACAUACUCGUGCCACCUUCAUCAUCAUUACUGCGGACUUCAUGAGCGAAGAAUUUUCCACCUGCUUGUGACUGAUCCUCCUCAGCAAGUAGAACCACCUACCAAAGCAAACCGAGAUCCUCCUCCAGCUGUAGGUAAUGUUGGGUGGAAAUGAAACACACAUUGUACAAAGCCAUGGGGCCUCUACAACAACUCUGUGACAAUAGCCUGGCAAUGGAGUAGGGGUACACCCUUGCCUUACUGUUCUUAAAGAAACACUAUAGUGCCAGGAAGACAUACUCGUUUUCCUGGCACUAUAGUGCCCUGAGGGUGCCCCCACCCUCAGGGUCCCCCUCCCGCCGGGCUCUGGGGAGAGGAAGGGGUUAAACUUACCUCUUUCUCCAGCGCCGGGCGGGGAGCUCUCCUCCUCCAUAGCGACGUCAUCGGCUGAAUGCGCAUGCGUGGCAGGAGCUGCGCGCGCAUUCAGCCAGUUCAUAGGAAAGCAUUUAAAAUGCUUUCCUAUGGACGCUGGCUUCUUCUCACUGUGAUUUUCAAGAGAGACAGCCACUAGAGGCUGGAUUAACCCUAAUAUAAACAUUAUGUUUAUAAAACUGCAAUGUUUAUAAAAAAAAAGGGUUAAUCUUAGAUGGACCUGGCACCCAGACCUCUUCAUGAAGCUGAAGUUGUCUGGGUGCCUAUAGUGGUCCUUUAACCUUAAGUAAUUGUAUAGUUAAAGUUCUCUUUAAAUAAUUUUACUAUUAUCGGGGUAAGACAAGUUUGUCACUUUGAUUCAAGUUGUUUUUCAAGUAUCAGAAUCUGUGGUUUUAGGGCACACCAAACGUGCUGACAAUUUUAAAUAAAGUAGUGUAGUAAAUAGUUGAGAAAUGUACAUUCCGGUAAUUGACACAGGAUUCAGGAGAAUAUAUUACCUUGUAGAGCAGAACAGUAUAACUGAAUUCCUAAACUGGUGUGUAUGAUGCUAUCUAAAGGUAGGUCUGUCCAUUCUCCAGCUGUUGUUUUUUUGUGAUUUUUGGUUUAUUGGGCAAUGCAAACACAUGAACACUAUACGUGCAUGACAAAAUAGCAUUAAUAUAUUGGAUUGCAUUUUAACACUACCGUAUAAGCUAUGGUUGACAAAGCAUUAUUGUAUAGCUAACUAAAUAAGCAUGUCUUUAAACAAACAACUACGAAGAAUAAACUUUUAUGCUAAACAGAAAAUAGGGGAAAGAAAUAAAAAAAAAAUACAAGAAAUGGAAAGGAGUAGGUAUUAAUGUUAUUCACUCAACAGGGUCUUUUCCUGGUGACUAUCCAAAAUCGGACAUUUCAUUUAUAAAAACACAAACAAACACAAAAACAGAAAAAACAAACAAACAAUACAGCCCUUAAGAAAAACAAAAGUAUGCUGAAAUAAAAUGUAAAUAGUAUAACAAAUUUUACUCAUGGAUCAGGCCGAAACUUGGCUCAUUCACUUGCAAGUGCUUUUUGCUGGUUCUAGAGUAGAUGUUAUCUGUGAAAAUGUAGAGUAGUUCUUUUUGUAGGCAUAUCAAGUCAUGGCUGUCAGAAUGCCAUAAGGGAACUGUUUAAGGAAAUGUUGUUUUCUGUCCAUCUUUUUUAUUAGGGCCAGAUGAAUGCCCCUACGUACAAAGAUGAUGUGUGAUGUGUUUGCAUUAAACUUACCAAGGUAUAAAGUUGAGAUGGACCUAGGAAGCUAAAUUUCCACUAAUAAUAGUUUUUAUGUGUACCCGCUGUACCCACACACGUACUCUUUGAUUUGUAGAAAUAUGCAGUUUUCCAUCGCCUGUGCUUGAUAUAUUUGUGUGCGUCUGAAGGGUGUUAUGCUUAUGCUGUCUGUUAUAAUGUUUUCAUAUUCGUAGAAACCAAAAGAGUGCAGGAAAACAAAGUCAUCAACGUUAUAAUCCCAGAAAGUCGGAUUCAUUUCUUCCAUCAACUUGGAUACAUCCUGGCAACUUUGUUACUGUUCCUUCUGUUAGUCACAGCUGUGAUCCUCAUCACCCGCAAGCAUCGGAGACGAGGUAAGAGCCAUUCCGAAUAUCUAACACGUGGCAAAUAACAGAAUAAAAGUCUACCAGGACAAUUAUUAGUGUGAUGCAAAGUGAUUAUGGUGCAGAGCCUGUGGGAGCCAUCUCCUCGGUUUUGGUCAAAUUGGGCUCUCCAGAUUAGACCAUCCAACUUUAUGAUGCAAUGAUAAAUAGCAAGCACUACGCUAACGACUGGUGAGCUGGGCGCGUAUUAUAUAAUAUUAAAAAAUGUGUUUGUAGCAUUAUCACUUUUGCAACACACAUUUCAUUGCAUUAAUAUUGUUUACCAUAUACCCAUGCAAACACACACACACACACUGACACACUACACAAAUAUACCUGUUCAUUCACUCAUACGUGCACACAGACUAGUAAAUGCAUAAAUUAAUGCGCAAUGCACAUGUCAUGUACGUGUAUCAGCCUGUCUUCACCCUUACCCCUGCCAGACUAAUUCUAGCAACAUUAAAAAAGAAGACUUGCAAAAAUGAUGCACCUGCUUACGUGGGGGACAAACCAGUGGUGGCAUAAGGAGUCCCCAUGAAUUAGCAGAUCAGAAAAAUCAUUUCUCGUCUCUUAAUUUUUAUCUCUUCGUUUUCCAUAAUAACUCUACAGAUUUUUUAUUAAACAUUUUUAUUGCCAACUCAAUAGUUAGUCUGGAAGAUUUCCUUUGAUCAAGUUCUCUUGUAUGAGCAUCCAACUCCCUUUUAAUAUGUGCCAAAUAUUCUAAAUUCAAUUCAGGUGGUUUUGUAUAACAAAACUCUACUAUUUCUUUUUAGGGUAUGCUUACAACUUGGAUAAACCUGCAGGGUGAGUAAUUAUUCAGAUUUUAUUAUAAUAAUUAGCCAUAUUUUUAGUGUUUGUACAAUAGCCUCUCGUGUAAUUAUUAUAAUGAAUGUCUCACAUUUCUCCUGUCGAAAAUUCUAAAUAUUAUUACUGUGUGAACUAACACAACACUUCACAAAGCAUUGUAUUCUCAGAUAUAUUUAAAGGGAUGCUAUAUUCACCCCCAGGUUUUAACCCUCCAGAUGUAAACAUAGCAGUUUCAGAGCAGGGUUAAUCCAAGGCGCUUCUGCGAUGCUGGAUGUGAAAAUCACAUCCAGCGUGCAGAACGUCCAUAGGAAAGUAUUGAGAAAUGCUUUCCUAUGGACUGUUUGAAUGCGCGCACGGCUCUUGCCGCGCAUGCCCAUUACGCUCCACUCGGAGUUGACGUCGGCGGGGGAGGAGAAGUCACCAGCGCCGAGGGAGCCCAGCACCGCAUAAAGGUAAGUGGCUGAAGGGGUUUUAACCCCUUUAGCCCAGCGGUAGGGGGACCCCGAGGGUGGGGGGACCCUUAGGAUUGUAUCACGAGUUGUUUUCCUGACACUAUAGUGAUACUUUAAUACAACGCUUGGUAUAGCAUUCAAGCUAUCAAAAUAUGGUCUACUAAAACCACACCACACUUGUACCUACUUUACAAUGUUUUUCUCUUCUUUUUUAUGUAAGUUAUGUUAUUCAUGUAUACUAAAUAUGGAAAAAUAGACGGUUACCAACUGACACUUUUCAACCAAAGGUCUUCUGUGUAAGCCACGAACCGAAUUGCUAUCACAAUGUAACUGUCAUUGCAAAAAUAAAGAAUUAAAUUUUUUUUAUAUAUAUAGUCUACUAAAAAAGCAACAUGCUUGCUGCCAACUACUUUGCUGUUUGUAUAUAUCACAAGAUUGCAACUACACCUAACAAUAAGGCUGAUUUUGCAGAGAAAUCUGUCCAAAACAUGUGUAAAAACUGCAUACCAAUUUUGGUGCCAGUCUGAAAAAUAUACAGAUUCAAAUUUUUUAAUUUAUUUUUUAUUUAAAACAGAUUGAGGUUUAACAAAGGCAGAGAAGCAGACACCAAAAUCACUGUUUGCCCAGGACACAUGGAGACAACUUACUAACCAAAAUUAUAUAUACAGGAGUUCUUUUCCUAAACAAGUCAUUGAUUUGAUUAGUAUUAAACUAGAAAAAUACCCCAAAUUUCAUCAUUGUUAAAUUAGUUAGAUUUUAAAUUAGUUUUUUUUUAAUUCACCGCUAUUUAGUGAUUAAUCUCAACAUUUAUAAAGUCAAUACAGAGUAAGUCAUUUUUUAAUAUAAUAAAUUAGUUAAUCCUAAUUGAUAUGCUAGUAUAAAUGUUAUUUUGACUGGGAUUAUUUCGUUUUAUCAGGAAAGAGGUGAACAUGAAGGAGUUUUGCUUGACGCCUCCUGAUCUUGUUCAAUACAAAAAGGAACAACUCAGAAUUGGUACGUAAAUCGUUGUGUUGUGAUAAGUAAAAUAGCAAUGUGACUAAUAUGCCUGACUAUGAAACAUUAUGCAGGUAAUGCUCUAUUAAAACAUGAUUACUGGUAACUGUAACAUGGCAACUGUGAGCAACAAGCAGUGCUACAAAACCAACAAAGAGGGUGGACAGGCUGAGUAACAGAAGAAUAAGGAAAUAGGUAUGUGUGGCACUCAGUUAAACGCCACAUUUUGGUGCCUCUGAGUAGGAAAGGACCUUGUUCACUGUACCAGUAUCCCAAUAUUUAGAAGAUAGUCCUCUUAGCACUCAACACUGUGGUAUAAAGUGGUUUAUAUUCUGCCUUCAAACAAAAAAGUUUCAACACAGAAUAUCUUUCUAAAGACUCUUUGUGUCGAACGGCAUUUGACAAAGACCUUGUUUGAUGGCUGAAUAAAAUCACCAUUAUGCCAUAUUGCCAUGUGCUCAGGGCCGUCUUUAAUAACGAAUGGACCCUGGGCAAGUGUUUGCUUGGGCCCCCUGUGCCCUGCCGCUCUCGCCCCUCACUCCCUGGUAUGCAAUCACGGCAUCCAUCCCAACGCAGUGGCGGUACUAAAGUAGAAUGAAUUUUAUUGGGACCCCCAAUUGCAAGGUUGGACUAAAGGUAGAACCCCAUCUGUCGUGCAACUCCAACAAUGCUUUGACAGCUGGGACUCUACCAAUUUCCCAUGCUUGCAGGGUUGUAUUUAGCACUGAGCCAUGUUAGUAUGUUUGAAUGUAAGCAUGUGUUUGUAUGGAGUAUGUUUGUGUGAAUGUGUUUGUAUGUGGUACUGGAGUUUGAAUGCAAGUGUGCAUUUAUGUGUAGUGUUUGUUUUUGAAUGUAGGAGUGUGCUUGUAUGUAGUGUUGACGUUUCAAUGCAGGAGUGUGUUUUAUAUGUAGUGUUGAAGUUUGAAUGGAGGGGUGUAUUUGUAUUUAAAGUUGCGGCUCAGAUGCACAGGUACACACUCUGACGCACAAGCAGAUACACAGAUACAUACACUGACUACAUACAGAUAAACAGGCACAUACACUGACAGACACACUGACACAGGUACAUAUAUUGACACACACACAGACACAUACACUGGUAGACGUACUGACAGACAUACUGACACAGGCACAUAUACAGACAUACUGACACACAGACACAUAUACCGACAUACUGACACACACACACAGACACAUACACUGAUCAACAUACUGACACACAUACACUGACAGAAAUACUGACACCCACACACUGACAGAUAUACUGACAGAAAUACUGACACACACACACAGGCACAUACACUGACACACACAGACUGAUAUACUGACACACACACACACAGACAUACUGGCACACAGACAGAUAUACUGACACAUGCAUACACAUGCACUAACAGACAUACUGACGCACUGACAGACAUACUGACACAUACACAUACCGACACACACAGAUAUACACACACAUAUAUACUGACACAUAGACAGACAGACAUACUGACACACACACACAGACAUGCUGACACACACAUACACUAACACACACAUACACUAACACACACACACACAUUAACACACAAACACACACACAUACACACAAACACACAUUUUUUUUUUUUUUAAAUGUAAUCCCCCAGCCUCCUUACCUUUUGGAGUGCUGGGGGGGAUUCCCUGGGGUCCAGUGGUGCUGCUGGGCUCCUGGGCGGGAGGUGGCCGGUCAGGCAGGAAGGCGGGCGGCGAGGGAGCACUCACUGCUUCCUCUUCAGCUCCCUGGCGCGCCCAGCGUAGGGAUACGGCGCCCGGAAGAUGGCGUCAUCUUCCGGCUCCGGCCUCCAGUGCGGUCUUGCGAGGGAGCUGAGAGGAAGCACUGAGUGCUCCUGGCGCCCGCCUUCCUCCCGACCGGCCACCCUUCCCGCCCGGGUCAGCGGGGCCCACGGGGCAGGUGCCUCGGGCCCCCCAAGAGAAACUGGGCCCGGGGCAGCUGCCCCGUUUGCCCCGCGUUAAAGACGGCCCUGCAUGUGCUGACCGCUCUGUAUUCUGCCCCCUGAAGGCAGACCUUUCACAGAGUGCAGCUGAAGAGCUCAAUGCAUAGUCCUGGUGCCAAGUCCUUUACUGCAUAUUGAAAUCUCAAAGCAACAAGGUGUGCUUCAAUGGUAACAAGCUGUGCUGCCAACCACGAUACGUCUGUGCUGCCAAACACAACGCAGCACUGUGCCAAUCAGCAUCUACUCAUAGAGUAGCAUUGAGUCAAUGCAUCUCUAUGGGGAGCAUUCAAUGCCUCAAUGCAAAGCAUGGAGAUGCUGAACAUUGGCACUGACCAAGGAAGCACCUCUAGUGGUGUCUGAGUGAUUUACUGUUACUAGGCAGUAAUGUAAACACUGCCCUUUCUCUGAAAAGGCAGUGUUUACAUUAAAAAAAGCCUGAAAAGACAGGCUGUAGACACCAAAACCAAAAACAUUAAGCUGUAGUUGUUCUGUUGAUUAUAGUGUCCCUUUAAUAUAUAAAAUACCAUAUUAUGUCUGUGCAAUUCUAAUCCAGGCAGCGUUUUCUUAAUUUAUCCUGCUUAAUUUAUAUACAGACAUAUGGGACAUAAACUAACAUGAUAUAACAGGAGGGACUAACCUGGGGCUAUGUUCUGUCCAGAAUGUUUCCUGAUGUUACUACCCUACUGUGGACAUAAGCUGAGAUAUCAUACGUUUAUACUGCUUACUGCUCGAGACAAGCAUCAUACAUGCACUUGGCAGCAUGCCUGGACAUUCUCGAACAAGUCAACAUGCAUGCGUAGAACCUCUGAUUUUUGUUAUGAGACUGCAAAGGGAUUUUUUUUACACUAACAGGGUUAUUUAGUGAGAAUGCAAAGUGAAUUCAAAGUGAAUUUCAAAUUUAAGGCCAGAGCAGUUAAACUGAAAGCUCAGAUGACUUAAAUAAUUUUUCCAGUUUGGCUACAUAGACCUUAAAUUUUAAAAACAUUUUGAAUUCUUAGUUUUAUAAAUAACCCUAUAAAGUGAUACCACACCCAACAGAGACACAACAGCUCCAUCUCCCCCAAAACUCACACAGAGGUUCCUAUCUCCAUCCCUUCUGCACAUAAACACUACAACCCCUAUCCCUUCUGCACACACACAGUGCAGCCCCAAUUCUCCUCAGAUACACAAUACAGCCCCUAUUCCCCUGCAAACACACACUACAGCCCCUAUUCCCCACAGAAUACCCAAUGUCCCCUAUUCCAUCAAACACAGCCUACAGACCAUAUUGCACACACCCUACAACUCCAAUCCACCCAAAAACAUUCUACAGUCAUAUCCCAGCCAUACAUACCCUACAGCUCCUAUCCCCCAAGCAUGCCCUACAGCUCCUAUUUCCCAAGCAUGCCCUACAGCUCCUAUCCCCCAAGCAUGCCCUACAGCUCCUAUUCCCCAAGUAUGCCCUACAGCUCCUUUUCCCCAAGCAUGUCCUUCAGCUCCUAUUUCACAAGCAUACCCUACAGCUCCUAUUUCACAAGCAUACCCUACAGCUACUAUCCCCCAAGCAUGCCCUACAGGUCCUAUUUCCCAAGCAUGUCCUACUGCUCCUAUACCUACCAAACACCCUCUUUACCUCCUAUUCACCAAACAUAUUCCUCCCAAGUACACCCUACUGUCCUUAACCCCCCCCCCAACAUACACUACAGCCCAAUAUACAUAACCUACAGCUCCUAUUUCUUCAGACUUACCCUACAGCCAGUGGCGUACACAUGACCCAUGGGGCCCCGGUGCGAAAAUUGAUCCGUGGGCCCCCCCCGCGCGCGGGCCGCAACACAUGGUGGUGGGCACCUGGUUACAGGGCUGCGACCCCUGCGACCGCGGUAUGUACGCCAGUGCAUGCAGAUGCACACACACUUAAAGGACCACUACAGACACCCAGAUCAAUUUAGCUCAAUUAAGUUGUCUGGGUGUCAGGUCCCUCUAGUUUUAACCCUGCAGCUGAAAACAUAGCAGUUUCAGAGAAACUGCUAUGUUUCACUGAGGGUUAAUCCAGCCUCUAGUGGCUGUCUCACUGACAGCCGCUAGAGGAGCACACUGAAUGUCCAUAGGAAAGCAUUGAGUAAUGCUUUCCUAUGGGCGGUUUGAAUGCGUGCGCGGUCGCAUUCGGAGCUGAGAGGCUGAGGGAUCCCCAGCGCCAAGGGAGUCCGGCGCUGGAGAAAGGUAAGUGCUGAAGACACACACACUCUCACUUACAGACGCAUACACACUAGCUAACAGACACACAUUUACUGACAGAGACACACUCAGCGACAGACAUACAUACACACUCACUUACAAAACAUACACUCUCAUUGACAAACACGCACUCACUAACAGACAUCAAACAGACUCACUAACACACACACACACACUCAGUAAGACACACACACUAACACUCACUAGCAGACGCACACACUAACACUCACUCUAACACACUCACUCUAACACUCACACACACUAACACUCACUCUAACACUCACACUCACUCUAACACUCACACUCACUCUAACACUCACUCUCACACUCACUCUAACACUCACUCUAACACACUCACUAACACUCACUCUAACACACUCACUCUAACACACUCUCACUCUAACACACUCUCACUCUAACACACACUCACUCUAACACACACUCACUCUAACACUCACUCUAACACACACACUAACACUUUUUUAAAUUUUUUUAUUUAAUCCCCCCAGCCUCCUUACCGUUUGGAGUUCUGGGGGAUUCCCUGGGGUCCAGUGGUGCUGCUGCUGGGCUCCUGGGCGGGCGGUCGAGCAGGCAGGCGGGCGCGCGAGGGAGCACUCAGUGCUUUCUCUUCAGCUCCCUCGCGCGCCGCGUAGGGAUGCCGGAGCCGGAAGAUGACGGCAUACCGCGACCCCUGCGACCCUGGUAUGUACGCCACUGCCUACAGCCAUAUCCCCCACGCAUCCUACUGUCUGUAGCACCCUACUGCAAACAGACCCCCCACACACACAACCCCAUUGCAGCCUCUCUUCCUCACAUGCAACUCUACAAGCAUCAUACUUCCUGGUGGCACAACCCCACCACACUCAACCCACAAUUAACAUCCCCAGAAAUAUGCAUCAUCACAAGUAGUCUACCCUCACACACAACACCAGCAGCAGCCACACCCCUUACACACAAACCCACAAGUAGUGUCUCCACUAAUAUGCAAUCAGCCUCCACACAUGCACACCAUCCUCUCCCAGCACUGUCCUACUUAUCAAUUCACACACUUAGUCACAUUCACCAUCCAAUCAUAUCCCAAACUAGUCGCAUUCACCAACCCAGUCACAUUCUUUGAAUGUUUUGCAUGCAUGCAAAUAGGAAGGAGGAUGCAUUGAGGAAACUGGCCUUGGAGCAACAAUGACAGUAAAAUCCAACUCUGCUCCUCGUGGGUAUCUGUAGGGGACCUUGUUGUUUUCUGGAAGAUGCAUGAUGGAAACGUGAUGUCUGUUUGUAAACAUGAUGCCCACAUAAAGAAAGUACCAUACAAAGCCAUGCUGUUUAGUGUGCUUAAAGGACCACUAGAGUCCUCACGGAGUCCAGCGUCAAAAAAGAUCCCCAUAGGAAAGCAUUGAGUAAUGCUUUCCUAUGAGCGGGUUUGAAUGCGCGUGCGCCUCUGGCUGCGCAUGCGCAUUCGGCUUCACUCGGAAGCUGACGUAGAUGCAGGAGGAGAGGUCAGCAGUGCCAAGGAAGCCUGUCUGUUAAUUAACCAUUUCUUCGCCGUGGAACAGGGCCCUAGUCACCUAAGCGAUGACUAGGGCUUUAUAGCGUUAGGAAUAUGACUAGGGCUCUAACGCUAUAGUGUUCCUUUAAAGCCCUCCUUCAGUUCAUAUCACUCCACAGUUACUAGAAUGCAGCCAUUGUACUUUGAGCCAUAGUGGCUCCUGUGCUAAAAAGAGAAAAUUAGUUUCUUCACUUUUAAGAGGUGAUUCGGGAGCAGAAGUGACAUUAAGUUAUGCUUAUUAGACUAAAUUGUGAUUUACACUGCAAGUGUUUAUGAACUGUGAACUAGGUGUUCAGGAAGGGAGACUAAACUCCCCUGACAUAAACAAAUGUGCAGGUACUGCACUUUCCCCAGAAUAAUUGAAAUGUUACGUGGCAAAAUAUGUCACAACAUUUUAUAGGAAUCCAAAAUGUUGGGAUUAAAACCAAAAGCCAGAUUUUUGAAAGUCCACAUGUAAACAUAUUUCACUAAAAUGACACCAUUAAGCAAUAAAGGUGAAUCACAUAUAGGAUCAUUUACUAAAGUGGGAAUUGUCAGAGAACUUAAAAUUAAUUUGAACAUUUAGGUUAAAAUACCUGAAUUGGAAAAAAUCUCAAAGUCAGCUAAACUUUCAGUUGAAAUAUAUUUUGGCUACUGAAUUUAAUUCACUUUGCAUUUCCAACAAUUCUCAUUUUAAUGAAUGCCCUUGACAAUAUUACUCUUAUUUAUUCCCUGUAAAACUUGCUUAUAUGGGAUUCACACUCCCCGUCCUGAGCCACACAUAUGUGUCCAGCAGUAUUUAAACCCAGUAGACCCAUGGACCAUUCAAGCAAUGUAUGUGGGAGCAGUGUGGGUGGCAUUGUGGGAACUCUUGAUAUUUUGAUCCAACAUAUUGAAGUAACGAGAGAAAUAAAUGUCCGACAUAUGUUUCAUAUUAUCCCUUUACUGUUAUUUUAUCCUUUUUAUAUAUUUAAAGGGUUUAACUAAUUCUUUACUACUUAUUGUUCCACAGUUUGGGGUUUAUUCACUAAACAUUGAAUUUUAGUCAAUGGAAAAGUCAAAUGUAAAGUAAGGUAAAUUAGCAAAACAGCAAUUUUCAACCUAACUUCUGCAGUUUGGUUUCAAUUUACUUUGAUUAUAUUUUUAGCAAAUAAACCCCUACGUCUCCAUUGUAGUUUCUUUUUAAUCUAUGUCGCCAGGCUCAAUGCUUUCUGAUCAUCAUCGAAACGCAGUUCAAAAAGUUCUUGGUUAGGUUACCCAAGUUAAUCAUCGUUGCCUUAGGCCGUGGUUAAACUGCAAUGUAAUCACCCAUUACCUAACAGAGAAAGCUUGGGUUCACAGAAGUAAUGACAGAUUAUGGUUAAAAUUGCUGCCACAGUGUGGUCCUUCUUUGAGGGCUAUGGGUGAGGCAAGAUGCUAAAUAUAGGAUGUGAAUGUUCUUAGUUUACAUUAAAUAUGUUUCAGAGACUCAUUAAAAUGAAUCUUUCUUACCCAGAUUAUAAAAAUAACAUUCUGAAGGAACGUGCUACGAUGGAGAGGACUUUGACACCAAAGCACAUUGAUUUAGACCUAGGUAAGGAAUGUCUUCUUUUUUCUCUUACCACUAAUUGGUAGGCUCGAACAGAAGAUAAUACUUAUGUCAUGGACCUUGUAGAUUUGCCAGAACAACAAAAGAUAUUUCAAAGUGAGCAAACUGCAGAGAGCAUUAGCAAAACCACAGAUUUUGAUCCCCAGCUUGGAAAGUAUCUCUAAGGGCUAAGCUCUGGAGGAGCUGGGAGGGAGGGAUUUGGCUGAUGAUGAGUUACAGUUGCAUUUCUUGGAGCAGGCAUUGGGAUGUGAUAAGGAAACAUAAGUUGGAAAUCGGACAUUUUAGUAUUUUUAAUAGAGUCAUAAUGAUGGAAACAAACCGCAUGCAGAAUUGAGGUCACAGGAAAGAGCAAACUGCUCCCAUGGAGCUUUGAUUAACAUAAUAAUAAUGUGAUUAUUACAUCAGACAUCAGGUCUGUCAGUAAAACAUAGUUUAAAUCUUUCGAGUCUAGAAAAAAAAUUGCAUUUAAUAAGAUACUUUGUCCUCAUUCUACAUGACUUAUAUAUAGCAAUAAGAAGGGCAUAACGGUUCUCGAAAGAUGUGUCCCCCACGAUUUUGACAUCACAGAUUAUAGCAGUUUGUGUAGAUAUUUGGGGUUAUUCAAAGUGAAGUCAAGGAAAUGUCAAAUCUAAGGCCAAAUUAGUCCAAAUGAAAACUGAAUUGACUUGGAGAAUGUCUCUUAGUCAGCUUUUUUGGCCUAAGUUCCAAAUUCCCUUUCAAUUCACUUUCAAUUCCUGGCAAUUCCUAUUUUAGUGAAUAUCCCUGUUAGGGUUAUUCACAAUACAGAAAAUUGUUGGCAAUUGCCUUGGGGACUGCAAAUUAUUGGUAAAAUAGCAAAUGAAUAGGUGAAAAAAAUGCUGGGGCUGAGAAUCUUUCAGUUCUGCUAUUUUAGCAAAAGAUGUUCAAUUCCUGUGCUAUUAUUACUAUUUAUUUUUUUGUCAGGGAGUCAGGGACAGAUGUAUAUCAAAAUGCCCUUGGCACAAUGACUGGGCGUUAGCUUCAUUUAUCUUAAAUGGGCAGAAAGAGACUUUUGUUUUGGGGGUGUCACUAGAGGUGAGGCCAGUGAAUGGCGCUAUUUAAUGGUUAAAUGUCACAAUAAGAUUAAAAUAUUUUAUCUACAUAACAUAAUAUAUAAAACAUAUUUACUAUAGUUGAAAAACACAUUGCUGAGAGCAAUGUUAAACAAUCGCACCAGAAAAUCAGAGCUCCUAGAAAAGAGGGACAACAAUGUGGAAAUGGGGGACAGGGGGCUUGUGUUCGCUUGGGGGAUUGUAUUGUAAAUAAAGCAUUUAUUAUCUGUUAUUUAUCACAUGAAUAUUUAUCCUGAACUAGUUAAUAGGUUAAUGCAUUGAGAUAGUCAAACUGACCAUCGUGGUUCCGUACUUUUGCACGUGUCAUAUUUAGAAUUCCGUAGGUCUACGUCUAAUUUUAUAUUUCUUGUCCUUGCAGAGCUACGAAAAGAAUACUGUAAGUAAGGAUCACUAAAAACUGCUUCUGGCUGGCCCAGAAGCUGACACUUCCCAUAAGAAGAGGAAUUAAAAAUGUUGCCAGUUUUUUAUUGAAGCAGAUUUUUUUUUUGUCAUUCCUGUGAGGCUGUUUAAGAGCAAUGGAUCAAUCACCUCCACAUUGUGCUUCAACAUGAAAAUGACACUUUAAAUGUCUUAAUGGAAUAUGUACCUUGAGGCAACUUCCAUUGCCCUCUACACUUUGCAAUUCCCGAUUAAGUAUUAAAAACAAAAAAUCAAGAUUAAAAACAGCAAAACACUUUCAUUAUUAUCACAGUAAUGUUAGAACUGCUUUUGGCUAUAUCUACUUUUAAUGAUGUAUCAGAUACAUUGUACAUAGCUGACUUCUCUUUGCCACUGAAAUAUAUUUUAUUUUCCAUCUAAAAAGUUUAGCUUAGCUACAAAACUGAUUUCUAAGCAAUCCCUUAAAGAAACACAUCAUCUUUUGAAAUCUAAGUUAAUGGUUCCCCCCCUAGUACACAAGGCACAUCACCUGACCAAUCAAUAAUGUAAGCAUAUCCUAAUUCUGUUCCCGUAAAGAUACUGGCAAAUUUCUAUGUUUCUAAAUCCUUUACUGACAGUGUGACUUGAGAACUGAGUUGGCAUUGAGAGUGUGCACAGCCCUAUUCAACUGAGUGUUAAUUUUAGGAAAAUGCUCGAGUGUAUUAUCUAUAGAUCAGCAGUAGGCAACCUUGAGUUCUCCAAACAUUGUGGUCAUGUCCCUUGAUGAAUUACCAGCAUUAUGACUGUAAAAAGCAUUAUGGGAGAUGUAGUCCAUGUGUCUUUCUGAGGUUGCCUAUCCUUGUUAUAGAUGUGUUUAUGUACAUUAUAAAAUACUAAUUCUUUAAAAAGCCAAGUGCAAUCAAAAGGUGUCUUGUGUAUUGUAAUGAUGUAUGGAUCACUAUAGUGUAAUUGUAUGUUCCUUUUAGUGGAGCAGUUCAUUAGCCAAUAGUUUUGUAAAUAUGACCUUUUUAAGUAUUUUUUUUAUAAAAUCGCAGAAGAUCAACGGAAAAGCCAAACUGAGAUUUAAAUGAAAAAAAAAAUGACCAUAUACAACAUGUAAAUAUGCCACAGACAAACUUUUAAAUUGUAGCAACAAUCACAAAUACUUUAUAGAUACGCAUAAUAAAAAGAAAUAAUACUAUGAGGAAAUGUUUAUAUUGUGGGUCUGUUCAUUUUCAAGAAAAAGCAAGGCAUUGCAAGAUCAAGGAAAAAAGCAAGAUAUGGAUUGAGUCUUUCAUCAGAUCAGUGCUGAGCAGACGUAUGUGCCAUCAUGACAAUAUUUUGAUUUGAGAUCUACAUUAGUAUUGUAAUGUAGAUCAGAAUGGAGCGAACAUACUUGGCUGCCAUAUAAUUAUGGUUCUAUAUUAUACUGUUGGUGGUCAGAUUACCAUUUAGGACUUUUAAUAGUUGAUAAAUCGAUUUUUCGAAAGUGUCUUAAGCAAUGAUUACAUACCACAAUCUAUUUUUUACAUUGCUUUUCUUAUGGUACCAAGGCUGAAAGAAAAAAAUAACUGAUGAGUAUAUUCAAACAACGCGUUUUUUAGUCAGAAGUGAUAUUUUUUAAUAAUAUUUACUGAAAUAAGUAUAUACCUAUUAAAAGGGUGAUCACUUAUUGUAUUCUGGUAUAUUAUUGCUGGUUUCUAAAAAAAUAAAAUAAAAAAAUAAACCUUUAGGUGCCAAAUGUAUAGACAAUUUCUAUAUAUUUGUAAUACAACUUCUGGUCCGUGAAUUUGUGCUUUUUUUUUCCAGGUUUGGGAUAACUGCACAGACACAUUUUUGUUUACAGAAUUAAGAACUGUAUGACUACAGGAUGUGAUAGCAGUCACUGCAGGCUCAGGGCUGUUAUGUGGUCAGCAAGAGAUAAAAUGGAUAUAGUAUAUUGAGUGGUGGCGGGUGUAUAGUAGAGAAUUGUUUAUGUAAGGCAAUUUUACCGUUUCCCGGUCUGUUUUCACGUAAAUGGUAAAACAAGGCUGCCAGCAAAGCUCCAGCAGAUUAUUUUGCUGUAAGUCUCCCAUAGUACUUUGCUAAGAAUAGGAUUAGUAAGAAUUAUGAGAAUUGAAGUCCCUGAUAGAAUGUUUACUUCCUCCAGACAGUGAUAAAAAGCUGUUUCAUUCCAUGUGCAUUGGAGUGUAGUUCUCAUAAUGCUCAAUCACACUUUUGGGAAUUGUAGUCCUCAAAACAAGUGGCCAGUCCCUGCAGGUUUCGUAGUUAUGUGCGUCAGUAUUAAUUUUUUUUUAAAUUACCGCUAUAUUUCUGUUCAUAAGAAAUUACCAAUUUGUUUUCAUUAUAUGUGAUUUACUCUUAAUUUACUCUUCCAUACCAAAUUUUGGAUAAUAUUUUGAUAUCUGCUAAAGGAUGAUACCAAUUCACAUGAAUGCAGAUGACUGGUAGGCAGUGAUGAGUCAUUUUGUAAGCCAAUAUUUUGUAUAGCAAAACACAUUAAUACAUUUCUUCUCAAAGUUAUGUGCAAAACCUUUUCCCAAUGUUAACAGAAGAGCAGACUUUGUACCAGAUUAAACAAUUAUGCCCAUGUUGUUGUUGGGCAUGCUUAAUUUAGUAUGGUAUGAAAGGAAGUUUAGAGAUGUUUUACCAUCAUAAAAGAGGGAUUAAAGCAGAAUUAAUCCGAGUUUGGUGAAAUGCAAAUAUAUUUACUGAUGCACAUGGUGUGAGAUUUCUGCAAUAACAAAAAGACUCAUCUCAUUGAAGACUGGUGAUUUUUAAUUACAGGCAUCCCAAAACUAUGAGGGUUUUGUAACCUUGUAUCGGGACAGAAUCUGUCAGUAUAGACUAUCAUGCCUGUUAGGACUGGGCAAUUUUAAAAAGAAACACAUUCUUACUCCAUCCAAGGUAGUCCUAAUUCCAGUACUAGGAUGUCACUGUAAAUGUCCUGCUCUGUUUUCUGUAUUUAACAUAUUCAUCGUAUCAUCACCUCUUGUGAAUUCAUAUACAAACAUGUUAAUGAGCAUUUUCAAUCAUUGUAGAUGCAUUCCUUGUGUACUGAAGAUAGUUAAGCACUUUAGUGUAUGCUUUGAAAUUUAUAAUUGAGUUAAUUAGAUAAUUCCCCAACUGUGUCCUGUGUUGAUUACAUUCUUGUCAAAUGACUGGUUCUGUAUUAUGAUGAACAACCAAUAAAUACAAUACAAAAAAAAAA